ACCCCCAACAACCCAUUCUCCACUCUCUCAUCAUUCUUCAGCAAAAUCACUGAUGGACCGAUUUGACGUUUCAUCGAUUGUCGCGACCCACGGCGCGCCGGCAGUCGUCGGUGGCACGCUGGCUGCGUUGGCAGCUGGCUUCGUGGCGUGGUACAUGUCGCCGUUUGUCACGCUGGCGUUCAGCGUCGCAAAGGGAUAUGCGCUGUCCAUCUUCCUUGGAUUGCCCGAGCAGCGAUUGCUCGCGUUCGUGCAAAAGAACGCAGAGAAGGGCAACGCGCAGGCCGUUCUCGACUGCAUCGACCGCUGGUGCUGGGACGGCCAAUGGAUGAUGAACAUUGGCAACCGCAAGGGCGAAAUCCUCGACCAGGCUGUCAAGGAUGCCCAGCCCAUGAAUUGCGUCGAGUUGGGCGGCUAUGUCGGCUACUCGGCCAUCCGCAUUGGUCGCCUGUUGCCCAAGGGCGCUCAGCUUGUCACGUUGGAAAUUAGCCCCAAGUACGCCAGGAUUGCCGAGGCCAUGAUCCUCCACGCUGGCCUCGAAAAGACGUGCCGCAUUGUUGUCGGUGACUCUGCGCUCAACAUUCCCAAGCUCAAGGAGAUUACUGGCAAGGACAAGAUCGACUUUGCGUUUGUGGAUCACUUCAAGACCUUGUACCUGCGCGACCUCAAGAUUAUGGAAAGCUGCGACUUGCUCAAGUCUGGCAGCGUUCUCGUUGCCGACAAUGUCAUCUUUCCCGGUGCUCCCGACUACCUCAAGUACGUCCGCGGCCUUCCGGAAGUCUACCAGUCAGAGUUCCACCCCGCUCAGGUCGAGUACAGCACCAUCACCGAUGGAGUUGAAGUGACGACCCGCAAGUAACACAAAAAAAACUACGACAGUGCGUUGCUUUCGAAAAUGUGCUUGAUUGACGUGGAAAAAAACAAAAGUACACCACGCAUCAAACACGAGCUAUUGUACACAAGCAUGCCAUCACCUUUUGUUCCUGUUCUCCAGAAAGCAGAACCACCAGUUCCUGUGAAAAACAAUAAAAGCACAAACCCCAGAUUCACCAACCG